GAGGAAGUGCUGUCUGAUUUUCUUCGCUCAGGGACGAAACCUCAGUGCGCGCGUGCGUGCGCGCGUGUGUGUGUUUGUGGCGCUCUUGGUCUCGGUGGGCUGCGCGUGACACACUGUCGGUGCGCCGGUGUCGCGUCAUGGCAGCGCGAGAGCCUGGCGACGGACUGCGAAAAUGUUCCAAACCCGACAACAGCAUUUCUGCGGAAAAUGAAAGUGAAAAUCCAGCUGAGAAAGAUCAGGAGCGGAGAAAGUGGGACGUCGGAAAUAACUGGGGCUUCUCAUUAGAAGGAAUAUUCGGACUCGCGCUUAAAUUUUUUAAAGAGAUGAAUGGCAAGGCUUUUAAUCCAACAUAUGAAGAAAACCUGCUUUUCGUUGCACUACAGAAACAAAUCUUCCUUGGUCCUUAUAAUCCAAAGGUUUGCCCAGAGGUUGGGUUCUUUGACGUCCUGGGAAAUGACAGAAGGAAAAAAUGGGCAGAGCUGGGCAGCACAGCAAAAGAGGAUGCCAUGGAGGAGUUUGUGAAGCUUCUGAACUCCUGCUGCAGUCUGUUUUCCCCAUAUGUCACAUCUCAUAAGAUCGAGAAGGAGGAACAUGAGAGGAAAUUAAAAGAUGAAGAAGAGCGUCUCAGGCUAGAAAGAGAGGAGCGACAACGGCAAGAAGAAGAACAGUGUUAUGAAGAGGAGAAGAAGAGACAGGAAGCUGAUGGCUUACUAAAACCCCAGCAGAAGCAACAGAUGACGGUUGCUCUGAAUGCACAGACACCGGUGCAGUUCCAGCAGAAUGCAGUCGGACAGUCCGCCAAAAGCUUAGAACAGCAGCAGCGACUUAUCCAACAGCCUGAAGAGCGACAUUAUCAAGAGUGUAUGCGGCAAGCCCACCAUACUCACCAGUUCAAACAGGACAUGGUUGAAGCCCCAUCACCAGAUUCAACUGAUAUGGCUUCAGUUACGAAUCUCAUCAGCCAUUCAGAGUCAUUAGAGAGGAAAAAGUCUGACGCAAACCCCAAACAAUGUCAUUUAUUCAUAGAAAGCAAACCGGGAGAAUUGCCCAUCAUGGCGCCCUCCGUGUGGACGACGUCUCAGGUGAACGAGUUCAAGGCGAAGACGAAGCAGGAUGCAGAGUCCGUGAUCACUGUAGGGAGAGGCGAAGUGCUAACCGUGCACAUCCCUACUCACGACGAUGGAUCUACAUUCUUCUGGGAAUUCGCCACGGAUUACUAUGACAUUGCCUUUGGCUUGUACUUUGAAUGGCCAAACACAGUAAAUGGUGUGAGAACGGAGAAGUUUGUGGAGUCUGUAUCUGAAAACCAAGAGACAGGCCAAGCUGAAGAGGCGAAUGAGAGGGAAACAGGAAGCGUAGUCCCUCGGGUUAGCGAGGUGGUUCCGCUCUUUCGGCGGGACAGCCACGAGAACGUGUACGCAGGCAGUCACCAGUACCCAAGCCCAGGAGUUUACUUGCUCAAAUUUGACAAUUCCUAUUCACUCUGGAGGUCAAAGGUUGUGUAUUACAGAGUCUACUACACCAAUUAGGUCCAUUAAAAGACACACCUAUUCUCGUAAAGCAAGAGCAUUACACUUCUCACACACAUUUAUAUUUUUCACUUAAAUCGAUAUUAAUAGGCAUCCAAUGACGUUCAAAUGGCUACACAAACAUUAGAGCGUGUGCAGAUUGGCUUAAACUCUGCUUAUCUUUUUAAUGAAAAGACUGUGUGACCGUAGUCUAGGGGCAAAGUUCUAUGCUGUUUUGUUUACUGAAGGAUAAACAUAUUCUGUUCUGCAGAAUUCAGGACUCUAUGCAUUAACAGUAACCACCAUGAAGAAAGCAAUAUAUUCUGAAAUGCUACUAAAUGUUUGUUCGAAUAUUUAUGGAUGUAAAAAAAAAAAACAAAAAACAA